GAAACUUGUUAAAUGCAGCCGAUAUGAAUCAUGUUCUUAAAUCGCUCUUGUGGAUGUUCAUUUAAAUGAUCUGUCUCUUUAAAGGUUCAUUCAUCCGUAGAUAAAGUUACGAUCCUUGCUACGAAAGUUUAAAGAUUGGCCUUGAUCUCAAGUUUACUUUCGCGCUGUUAGCGUCGCAGUAGCAGAUAACGAGAUAUGUAUCAUGAUAUCACAAUGUUAUUGAUUUGAUACGGCAUCAUAUAUUGACCAAACUACUUCAGUAUUAGAACCCUGUAAGCCCCAAGAGUGACUAAAAUCAAUUUUCUCCUGUUGAUAUCAAUAUUAGGUUAUGAGAAUAAAUAAAAUGAUAUACUCACGGAAAAUAUUUUGAUCUUCAAACAAAUUCUCUCAACGAAUUCUCUUAGGUAAUGUAUGGAGAUCAGUCUUGAGUAUUUGUAUGUGGGUAUUGCCGCUUAUAGGGGAAAUCGAAUUUAAUUUUGCGGACAUAGCAAUCAGCAUCUCUUGUUUAAAGCGAAAAGGACAGAUUUCAGCCCUGGAGGGUUUUCCCCUAAAUGUAAACAGGAAGUAACUUCAGAAGUUCAAUGUUGUAACAAUGACUUUAUAAAUAGGCUGAUAACUAAUUCGUGUGCACGCAUUCCUAAGCUAGAUUAUAUCAACUCCUUAACGUGAACUCGAGCUUAUCUGCUAGUUUCCAAGGUACGGAGUGGUUGUAGUUUCGAACUAGAUGUUCUAAUUGGAUCCUUUACGUUGUGAAUGUGUCACUUAAACGUGGAAACAUUCUCGUUUAAAAGAGCGUUACCUUCAAAAUUUUUGAACUAAAGAAAGACGACUUGAUCUGCUAGUAAGUAAUUGUUAAAUGUGUUUGUUAUUGAAUUGUUUUUUUUUUUCUUUAAUUUGUUUAUACCAGCUUCAAUUUUCUCGCAGAACGUUCUGAGGAAAAAUCAGUAAUAACUAUGCGUCCCUAAGGGGGUUACUUUUUUUCUUUCUAAACUAAAACGCGAAUCACCACUCUGAAAGGUUAAUUCAUACCUCGCUGGAUUUAAGGCAUUCCUGAAACGCAAUUAUCCACUGCUCAAUCCUUGAUUCUCGACGUUUCCUCAGUUCAUCCUUUUGUUGACACAAAAAAUGCUAAAUGCGGUAAAAACAUUACAAUUAUUAAAAGAAAAUAAUAGUUUGUUAUAAACAUUACUGAGCAGAAACGAAACUUUUCCGUAUUUUAUGUAUAUUCGUGACACCUUAAUUUUAUUCCACCGUCGGUGCACGGUUUGUUUCAUCGCUUUGCUGAUUUUGUUUUCAAAGCAGAAAGUUUUUAGUAAGAACGUUUCGAUACUUAAAUCAAUUCGUGACACUAAAGUUACUAAUUAAUUCAGUUUCCAGCUUCUUUAUAUGUAGUUUUUAAACAACUUCUUAUUAAUAAUUGCAGUGCUACAGACCGGAGGGUAUGUGUUGAUGAAUUUUAAUCACUAGCCAGCACUCAAACGUACAUCACUGAGACAGCUAUCUAGCGCUCCAAAAAUCGAUCAUUACCCGCGUCUAAUACGAAAGAUUCUGUAGUGAUGAAAACUUUCCGUGUGAUGAAUAAUUCACCCGGUUGAGUUUUGGAUGUUUUAGUGGACAGGAGAACAUUCCACAAUUAUCAGGAGGCUAACAAUUACUAUCUGAAACUAUCGAAAUGGAAGUCAAAACGUGGUUACUGAAACACCGGUUUCUUUCAGCUGCCGUACGUAACCUUAAUGCAAAAUUAUCCUACAGCAGCCACUAAACGUUGACAAAAAGUGUAGCGUUCAAGCGCUUUUAGUAGCCGAUGACGAAAGCUGCCGACCGGUCGUGGUUUUAAUGUUGGUUUAAGCUAGAAUCUUACCCUAAUACUUCAAGUGCGUAUACAGUUCAAAGGGUGUUCUUGUGGAAAGCUAUUACGACGAGAAACCGACCAUAGGUAACUUUAUAUCGCUUUGAUUAGCGAGACGAGUAUUGCGUACUAGGAGUUGAAAAGAGCUUUCUUCUUCGUAUUGUUAUUUACUUGAGGAGCUAUGUUAAGUUUCUUACCAUAGAACGCUGGUAAAAUAACAGUUGUUUUGCCGAAUAAACGCGAUGAUUCACGAGGAACGAUUAGUCGGAAAUUUCGGCCAGUUGGUACUAACUUAAACUAAAACAACUUAUCGAUAAAUUCCUGUUUUAAAGUGAUAACUAAAUUUCGUCGAGAUAAAAUUCAGAAGGAAACCGAAAUUAUCCAAGCAGCAUUCUGCGUUUGGUACCAGAGUAUUUAAAGCUUUAGUCAGUUUUGUGACGGGAGGAGAGAGGAUAAAGUGUUCUGUAAAGCCCAUAAACCUUACAUUGAACAAUGCAAGGAGGAUAUGGAUGGCGCUGUUGUUACACGAAGAGCAAACGCCUCCCACCAUUGUGGUCUGAAUUGAAUUCCAUUUUGCUUGAAUUUGAUGUAAGUUCUCUUCUCUACUGUUUUCUCCAAGGUACUCUGGUUUUGUCCCCCUCCUCAAAAACUGAAAUUCCAUGUCGAUAUGGGUUGUGUUAGAUAAAGAGCUUUUCUGUGGAUAUAUGCUAUCAGUAAAACAACUCUUUAUUUAUUUAUGUAUCUAUUCAUUUCAUUCGUUCAUUUGUUCGUUCGGUCUUUCGUUCGUUCGUUCGUUCGUUCCUUUCUUCGUUCGUUCGUCCAUUUAUUCACUCAUUACGUUAACAUUUUCUGGGAUGAGCUUAUCACCAGUCUUAAGUUUCUACCAACUUUGAUUUUAAAGAUAUUUUAUUUGGCCAUUUUUGCCCGGAUAAUGAUGACAAUAUUCUUGUUAAUUAUAUUAUUCUUGAAAGUAAAUAUCUGAUUUUUCGUUCAAAGUUAAGUAAAUCAUCUUUCACGACUAUAGCCUUUUAUUAGCAAAAUGCCAAAAAAAGAACAACGAACGUUUCAUUGCGAAUAAACAUAAGAAACUCCACUUUCACAAUAAAAAGUCAGGGGCACCCAACGAGAAUAUAGUUCCAAACCACUUAAACAUAGCAUCGUUAAACGUAUUUUAGUAUUAAAAUGGUAGAUAUAGGCAUAUUUUUAUCCCCUAAAAAUUUUUCAUCUGUUCGGAUUUCCUAGCCGAAAGUCUAGUGAUUCGAAAAUUAUAGGGAUCAAAAGUUAGCUGUUCGAAAAUUUCAGCCAGAAAAGAGGCUCCCGAAAAUUGUAGGUGACCUUUCUAGGGUAAAAAUCUGCUAAAAAUGGGCAGUUAUGCCAUUUUUUAGAUGUUCGAAAAUCCUUGGAAAAUCCUUGGAAAAUCCUUGGAAAAUCCUUGGAAAAAAUGUUCCGAAAAUUCUAGAUCUCCAAUCGUCUUCCGAACAGAUAUUUUACGAAAAUUGUCGUUGGGUGCCCCUGAAAAGUGGGAACCUAUCCUGCCGUUGAUGGAACUUUAGCUAUCACCACGCUUCACAACAACUUCCACCAAUGUAACUUUUUCUUAUUUGUUUCUUCAGGUGGCGCUUGCCUAGUGUCUAGUGUUUAGUAUUUAGUGUUAGUGGAUAGCAAUGUAGGUGUGUUGAGCGUUGUGUUUUUGCUUAGCGUGGUAAUGAUAUAGUGAUAGUAACAGCGUUAAUGCUUCGUUCCCUCGGCUUUCCGUUAUUCAGUAUGUAAAUGUCUUUUACCUACCAUAAUUUUUUUAAAUCUCGAGUGGCAUCUUUCUGGCUCUGGUCUAUUCAACUUCUAAUAUCGAGUUGACAAUGAGGUACGCUAGAACGUUCUUAAAGUUUAUUUAAAGUUUUAUUUAAACGUUUAAUGACAAGUUAAACGUGGACUGGCACUACCGGUACCCUACCCAACCACCACCCUACCCCACCCUUUACCUUGAGUCCCAAAUUCACCACACCACUGGGAGUUCACCACCACUGUUAAACGUGGUACCACCAAAAUUACCACUGCUACCUAACUACCACCACUACCACUGUCCACUGCCACGCCACUGCCACUGCCACUGCCACUACCACUAUCACCACCACUACCUGUCACCACCACUACCUGUGUCCCUGCCGCCAAGACCACAGCCAAUCUCGUAUUGUAAACUAUCAGUCUCAGACGGAUACCGGUAAUUCAAUUAGAUGCAAGUUUGGCGUUGAAUUGCAGGUUGGUCAUCUGUUAUCGCGCCUUUAGUUGCCUGUAAGAAGGAUGGGAUACCCUGAAAUGUCUUGCCGGGUCUAGGCGUGCAGCACAUUCUAUCUCCUCUUCAAAUUUAGUCCUUCAUGGUUUAUCCGUCUGUUGGAUAAUUAAGCUAGACAGUAGGCCAUAUCCACUGUGAAUCAGCAAAUAUUGUCACUUAACUCACUUUUUUCUUUUAUUGUAGAAAAUUUCAUUUGGUGGUUACAAUGACAACUUUGUCCUCAUUUCCUCAUAAUUAUGAAUUGCCAGUUUGGCCUACUCCUUCAAGCGACAACUGUGAGGACUUAUUUCCACUUGAACCGUUCGACUUUGGCUUAAACGACUUUGAUAUCCGCCGUAUAUUGGAUCCUUCGAGCGUAAUUUCUUUAGAGAGCUUUCCAUUGUUCAGACCAGAAACUCCUGAGCCUAGUCUACUGCAAAAAAUUUCCACGCCCGAGGAUGUUUCUUUGAACAGUAUGCAAACCCUUGGGCAAUUAGAGAAAACAUUUACCGCGGAGACUAUGAUCCUGAACAGAUUGCCAACUCCCGAGCCAGAUCCAGUGAGCGUAAACUUCUCAUACCAGCCGGGCGCACUGCAAACAACAAUCACCACCGAGUCCACUCCUUUGUACGAUGCACCCACUUCCAACUCCAGUUAUUUGUACAACCAGCCAACUUUAAUACCUAGUCCACUGCACAGGGCAUCCACCCCCGAGACUAGCCCACUGGACAGUAUACCCACUCCAGAGCCAAGUCCGUCGCCAAACAAGCCCAUACCUGAGGCCUUGUGCAACACGCCUGCUCCUUUGUGUAACGCAAUGUAUAGUUUCCCAACCCCAGAGUCCAGCCCAGUCGAAAGGAUUCCCCCACCUCCUCCUCCAGGAACCAGUCCUUUGCAGAUGUUUGAAAUAAAACCAGAGGCGUGUAGAGAUACAGCCAAUUCUCCCUCCAAAUUCGGACAAGUAGUUUUGAAUCCGGAGAAAAAGGAAGUGUCGAUGGAUUGUGAGGGCAAGGAAACUUCUUUUCUUAGAAGUGUUAAAAGGGAAGAAAAGCAACAAGAUUUCCCAGGUAAGUGACAAAAACCACUUCGAAUUUUCUUUCGCUCGUAUUUUUGUUUACAAAAACUAUUCUUUCGUCUACCAUGGUAUGUUCUUAAACUGUAUUCGAAUGGUCUAGUUUCCUGAAGAAGCCACAGACUAACAGAUGUAACUUAAGAAUUGCUUUGCUCCUUUUCCACGCGGAAGUGAUUUAUACUGGACAGCUUUCAUCUUGAGUCACUAUUGGUCUAACCCUUUUCAAAGACGAACGAGUUUAUGUGUUCGUGAGCCUUCUCUCAAGACAGAAGAAGAAAAAUGGUGUCGCUGAAGUAAUUGCGGACAAGGUCACCUAAACCCUUUAAUUUCCAAGCACGAUCGAUAAAAAAGAAUUUGAUUUCUUAUCUUCAUCAUUGUUUUCAGAUCGCGAGACUUUGGCAAACAAUGAAAUAAAGGCUGAGAAAACGGAACAAUUUUCAAACGAUGCGGAAGAUUCAUCUAACAGUGGUAAUUACUUUCGAACCUCUUACGACGGAUUCCUUUACUGAUUUUAAUUCUGCCAUGGUAUCAAGAUAGAAUAUUCGUGGUCCUCAUCCAAAUAAGAGGUACAAGAGGAAUCUGACCUCUGUAGCAAGGUUCAUAAGGCAAAAAUCGACAUGAAAACGCUAAAAAUUGAGAAAAUUUUGGAAGUUGAACUGUAAAAUAGGAAAUAUAGCCACUUAAGAAUCCUACUCUCACCUUACUGGUCCUGUUAUAAGGGUUAAGUAUGUAUGUAUUUAAAAUGUUUACGUCUAGCUUGUUGGCAUCUAGACAAUUAUGUUAACCCCGUUCGGAAAAAAAGGAGGUGGAAGCUAAUUUUCUUUCUUUUGUUUUUAACUCAGAUCGCCCAGUCCGUCAAUGUCAAUCUCGCUACUCUUUUCGCUCUAAAAGAGGAGGGUCGUUGCUUACGCAGAGUCGACCAACAGGUAUUGUAAACUGUUCAAAAAUAGCGUUUUACCUAAACGCCUUAUGCAUUUAUCGCGUGUUGAUGUUAACGAUACUUAAUUUUUUACAUCGACAACGAUGUUACACAAUAGACUUUUUUACCGAUAUGGCGACCAUAUUGAAUUUGUUAGAUUUAAGGAGUAUUAUGGGAUUCCCAGGGGGCACUCGCUCAGUAUUUACGCGCGCUUUUCGGGCAAAAAGAGAACUUCAAUGUAUUCUUCUCCGGAAAAAGACGAGCAUGAUUACAUCCAAACACGGCACAACGAUCUUUUUUUUCCGAUUACAAUCUUUUUCUGGGAAAACGUGAAGAAAAAUUGGCCCGAAAAGCGGGCGUAAAUACUGAACAAGUAUAACCGAUAGUGCUCAUGCCCCCAGGGCAUCCCAUAAUACUCCUUAAAUCUAAUUAAGUCAAUAUGGCCGCCGUAUCGGUAAAAAGGUCUAUUGCUCAUUCUUGUAAAAUAAAUAAGACUGCAUACAGCCGCAUUUCAGAACAUUACUACCCAGUACAUUGUUUGAUAGCUUGCAUCUUUACAUCACAUCAAAGUUUUUAUCCACGGGUUAAAGUUGCUCGACCAUGUAUAUAAAGCAAAGUGUACCUGCAUAGGAAAGAACUGCGAGAGAGACUUAUCUAACAGAUUUUAAAAUCAGGGUAUAUGUUUUUUUCAGUUACACUGUAAACAAUUAACAGAAGAUAGCUGAAUUGAGCAACGUAUUUAAAGGGGGGUAAUUUUCCGUAGCUUUCAUUUGAAUUUCACACUCUUCAAAUAUAGUGACCACAGGUUAAAAAGUUAGAACAACCUUGCACAGCAUCAUAAACACUAGCGCUUGGAAGGUCAUGCUUUCAAUGUGUGACUUAAACGCUUAACAGUCUUUUGCUUUAUUAUAAAGAACUAGUUGCGUGAAAACACAAGAAGUGAAAUAAACCUUUAAUCUUGUACCCAGAUCUCUUAUUGACGUAGCCGACAAGAGAUCUGGGUACGAGAUGAGUAAACCUUUCCUCCGGACCUUUUUAAUGCUUGCAUGAGUAUAUGUAUGCAAAUGAUAACAUCGAAGAAACAGCUUUUCAGUCAUAAAAGUGUAUUUUGUUUUUCUUGUUUGCUUGGUGACUAUUAUGGGAACAACACUGUAAUGUGGAACUCAUUUUUCAUCGUAAACUAAAGCUAGACAUUUCAUUUUGAUUCUCAGUGAGAAAAACAGUUGUACUGUGGAAAUUUAUCAAGGAGCUACUUGAGAAAAACGAUCCAUGUGUCAGUUGGAUUUCACGAGAGGAAGGAACCUUCAAAUUCGUCGACUCUAAGCAAGCCGCGAGACUUUGGGGCCAGCGGAAGAACAAACGAAAUAUGACCUAUGAGAAGAUGAGCCGCGCGUUACGCUACUACUACGAUCGGCAAAUCAUGUUCCAUGACGAAGGACAGAAACUUAUGUACAGGUUUGGUGAUGGGGCUAGAGAAGAUAGAGGGCAAAGUGAACCUGAUGAGUCGUAGAAGCUAUAUUUGAAAAGACCAAGGAAAAAAAAUCAUUUUCUAGUUGGUUAACAAGAGCCUGAAAACCAGGAGGAACCAGAUUUCUGAAGAGGUUUUCCUAAGGUGCUCACAUCAGAAGAUUUUGCCUGAAUUGACCAGUGGGUCUAAAAAGACUAAACUGGUGUUUCACUGGUCUCUGUUAGAUUAGAAUAAUACUUAUUUUUUAAUGCUUCAUUAUUUUCUUGAUUCCCAUCUUUUUUUAAAUUUUAUUAUUUGUUUUUAUAGAAUAUAAACAACUCCGAGCUGCAAAGCUUGUAAGUUUAACUUGAGAGGACUUGUUUUUCAAAAGAACAAAUAUACUUUUUAAUAGAAUCAAAAAGAAUACAGACAUCCGCAUUUUGCGUUGUCUUUAACAAAAAAAAUGUAUUAUGACUUAUAGCAAUGGCGUCUUUUUAUUCUUGUAAAGUCCUUUUUCUCGUUGUAGAGCCGGCUUUUUUUUACCAACGCUAGUAUUAAUAUGGCGAAAGAUUAUAAGCUUUUUGACCUUUAUAGAAGGAGGGAACAUAUAUUUUUAUCGUAUUAAGUAUAGGAUAAAGACAUGUACUUUCUUUACACUUGGAUUUUAACGCAGAAACUUUGUAACUAAUGACAUCCUAAAAUUUAGAUUUUUUCAUCUUGCUUUGAUUUUCGCUGCAAGCAAGUAUAGUUCUGUAAUUCUAGGAAACAUUCCUGAUUACAACAAAUGGACAUGUCGUGUUAGUCACUCCUUGGCUUCCGAUGGAAGGGAUGACAUAAAUUACAUUUAGCCACACUUUUGUGCUAUCGGUCCAAAGCUUUUGUCGGAGAGAAGAUCAAGAAAACGAAGUGAAGUUCGCUAUGGCGUUUUCACCCUCAAUUGUCACUUAUAUUCCUGGAUGUAGCAAUAGCUUUUGCCCAUUGGUCCACACUUGCUGUUAUCUUUCUACUGAGAUCAUUCUUCGGAAGGAAACUCUUGUCUCUGUUUGUACAAACGGACUUCAGUAUACUUAAGUGUACGUCCAUGGAUUCUCAAUCAAGUAGGUUAUUUUAAUAAGUGUUAAAAAGCAACAACAACAACAACAACAAACAACAUAUUAAACAACAACAAAAAUCAGUACGUACAUAAUUUAGCGAUGACAAUUUCUUCCUUCGUUUUGUCAUUUACAAGACAAUACGCGUCAUGGAUUAGAGCAAUGGCGUCUUUCGGUUUAUACUUAAGUCUUUUACUCAAAGGACCGAUCCGUUUUUACCAAAGCAUGCAUAUAGUAUUAAUAAGGCGAAAGAUUACAAUUCAAAGUAGACAGACUGCAAAUUAUAGUAGUUACUAAAAAAUAUAUCUACGUGUCUCAACUGUUCAUCAGUAGGAUGCCUAAAGUUUGUUUUCAUUAUAGAAGGAGUAAAUAACUUGUUUGUAGUUUUAUUUUUAUUUUUAUUUUUAUUUUUCUUUCGGAUUUUUAUAAAAUAAUAAUAUGACUAAGGGCUGCAUCAUGAAAUAACCAAAUGGUUUGUAACCCAUCGCGUCCCUUUUCGUGGACG